AUGGACCCCUGGACCUGUUACCAGCACUGCGCUUUCACCAACCGAGCUAACCGGCCAGCCCACCCUCCAGCAGGGAGCGCGACCCGCGUGGCUGAGGGUCACCCUCCUGAGCUGUCGUGGAGCUGUCGCCCGCGGAGACGGGAGCCCCGGCGGAGAGGUCUCGACCCCGUCCCCGGGUCGGAGGUGCCGCGCAUCUUCCAGGAGGCCGUGCGCAAGGGCAACACGCAGGAGCUGCAGUCGCUGCUGCAGAACAUGACCAACUGCGAGUUCAACGUGAACUCGUUCGGGCCCGAGGGCCAGACGGCGCUGCACCAGUCGGUCAUCGACGGCAACCUGGAGCUCGUGAAGCUGCUCGUCAAGUUCGGCGCCGACAUCCGUCUGGCCAACCGCGACGGCUGGAGCGCGCUGCACAUCGCCGCGUUCGGCGGCCAUCAGGACAUCGUGCUCUAUCUCAUCACCAAGGCCAAGUACGCGAGGCCCCUCUGCCCCCACCGCUCCCCGCCGGGGACCCCCGCGGGCCGGAGCGGCGGGUCGAGGCCGCGCCGUGGUGCGGGCGGCUUCCCUGCGCCUGGAGGGACAGUCCUGGAAGAAGGAGGAACACGCAGCACCGGCCGCAGCCGUGAACUGGGGCCUCAGGAGGGGUCGCUCCGCGGCCUUGGGCACUCGUGGCUGACGCUGCAACGCCGCCAUUUGUGUGGGGCACGGGGUGGUCAGAUGGACCAGACGAGGCUGCGCUUGGGGGAGGGUGCCGGAGAGGUGACGGCGGCCCGGGCUGCACGGACGACCCGGGGGUCAGGGACUGCCCACAUCCCGGCCGCCCGGCACGGGGUGCCUGGGGCAGAGUCAGCGCAGCUGCGGCGGGUGUCAGAGGAGGGGGCAGGCGUGGGCGCCCCACAGCCGCCCCCGAACCGGAGCCUGGAGAAGUGA